GCCCCGCACACACUCGCACUCCGCGCCGCCCGCCCAUGGCUGACAGGAGCCUCAUCGAGGGCGCCGAGCCCCUGCCGCGCCGGGAGGAGCCUCCCGAGUGGGGCUACGAGGAAGGAGUGGAGUGGGGGCUGAUUUUCCCCGAUGCUAACGGGGAGUACCAGUCGCCCAUUAACUUGAACUCAAGAGAAGCUAAAUACGACCCCUCGCUCCUGGAAGUGCGUUUGUCGCCGAACUACGUGGUGUGUCGUGACUGCGAAGUGAUCAACGACGGGCAUUCCAUUCAGAUUGCCCUGAAGUCAAAAUCAGUGUUAAUAGGGGGGCCAUUACCUCGGGGACACGAGUUUGAACUGCACGAUGUUCGGUUUCACUGGGGGAGAGAAAACCAGCGUGGUUCUGAGCACACAGUUAAUUUUAAGGCCUUUCCCAUGGAGCUUCAUCUAAUGCACUGGAACUCCACACUGUACAGCAGCAUUGAUGAGGCAGUAGGGAAGAAGCACGGCAUAGCUAUUAUUGCUUUGUUUGUGCAGAUAGGAAAAGAGCAUGUGGGCCUGAAGGCUGUAACUGAAAUUCUUCAGGACAUCCAGUACAAGGGAAAGUCCAAAACAAUACCCUGUUUUAAUCCCAACUCUUUAUUGCCAGAUCCUCUUCUGCGUGACUACUGGGUGUAUGAGGGCUCUCUGACCAUUCCACCCUGCAGUGAAGGUGUCACCUGGAUAUUGUUUCGCUAUCCUUUGACUGUGUCCCAAGUGCAGAUAGAGGAAUUUCGAAGACUGAGGACUCAUGUUAAAGGUGCUGAACUUUUAGAGGGCUCUGAUGGAAUCCUAGGAGAUAACUUCAGACCAACUCAGCCACUUAGUGAUAGAGUCAUCAGGGCUGCAUUUCAAUAGCAGAGCAGGAAGAACAAUGAUGACUCUUCAGUCAGAGAGGGGGAAGACAAUGCUCCCACAGUGCCUGCAGAUGAGAAAUGGAAACUUUUGAGACUGCUGCUUCAGUUGAACCACAAAGCCUGUAUUGUUUGUCUUCAUCUAAUUCAGCCUUGAUAGACAGCUGUGACAGUUGGUCUGUCCACAUGGUCCAGGGAAAUUCUGGGAAUGGGCUGUACAUUAAAAGAAGAAAACAUAUCAAAUCUUCCAAUUCACACUCUUAACUAUUUUCAAAUUGUCGUUAUCAUUGCUUUUGUAGCUACUUUGGCAUAGCAUUCAAUAGUCAUCUGUGAUCCAAAUAGUACUGAUUUUAAACUUGGUAUGAAUGCUAAUAUGUAGAAAUACCUAUUAUUGUUUUGAAUGUUAGAUUUGCUUUUAUUCCAUAUCAUCUCUUGUGCUGUCAGUAGUCAUAUUUUCUGUAGAAGGGAGAUGCAUUCUACAAAGGUAAUGAAAACACUGUUUGUUCACAAAGAGCAUUAUACAAAUUCAGAAUUAAUUUUUUGGCAGAAAGGAGAACUUCUCUGCUAGACAUAUGGACUUGACAUGAUUUAUCUGAAUAAAGCUGAAUGACAUUUGCAUUACUAGGAACCUUACUGAGACGAAGGACAGUUUGGAACUGAGUAAAAUUAACCAACAUAACAAUAAACAGAAUUGUCUGGAUUAUUUUCUACUUGGUGAGCCAUGGAAUUUUGUGAUAUGGUGUUCAGUAGAGGCAGAAAAUUUUCAGUCUUUGUUCUCCUGUGAAUUAUGACAGUUCUAUUUGUUUUGUACACUGCUGAGGAUGGCGGUCUGGGCACUUACUCUGCAUGUCCUGAGCUGCAUGGGCUGCUCAGCAUGGGGAUUGCCAUGCUGGGCCACACAUGACUUAUCUGACAGAGGAGAUAAGGCAAGGGUAGUCUGAACCAGCUAGUCAACCUUAUAGCUUCUAAUUCCUGAAACACCAAGAAAACACCAAGAUCUGAAGGACAGAGCCACUAAUGUGGGAGGCAAUAACUGUGAUCACUGUAGCUAUUAGUGAGGUCCCCUGUCCCUAGCAUGAGGGAUAUUGCAGAGAUCUGUGUCAGUGGAAGAACCCCAGAGGCACAGAUGGCAACUGCCGGUCUGGGGCACAGUGAAGGUGCAAACUGAGGGCUCACAAAGGGGAGGCCACUCCCUUGGAGCAGAUCAAUCACCACUCACAAAGUCAUUCCCAGGCAAUGGUAAAUGCAGAGUCAGAAGGCACCCUUAAUCCCCCUUGUCAAGGGUUAUGGGGAGAGCUACUGCUGAAUUACGAGCUCUCUGAGUAAUUUA